AUGAGUAGUGGUGGGGGUAGUGAUGGUGGUAGUGGUGGGGAUGCUGAGGAGUUCGAACGGCGAUUCAACGAAGAGUUGGACGCCCAUAUGUCCCGCGGGGUUAAUCGGCUGAUACAAAGGGCCUUGCAGCCGCAGCAGCCGGUUGUACCUCAACCCAUUGUCCACCGCCGAGCUGUGGUUGAUCGGGAUCACGUCGCUGCACACAUCAGCGGCUAUUUGAAGACUACUUCGCGCCAGAGCCGCGAGCGUCGAUACCUGUGUUUCCGCUUCAGGUACGACGCGGCGGGCAGACCCGGCCGCACAGCCAUACAAAAGUGCGCUGCGGCAAUCAGGCAGUUGGCCUACGGAGGCACGACAAACAUGUGGGACGAGUACCUCUACAUCGGCAAGACGACUGCCCUGGAUUGUCUGAAGUAUUUCUGUCAGGGCGUCGUUGAAAUAUUCGGUGAGCAGUAUCUUCGAAGCCCUACCCCUGAAGACUGCCAGGAUCUGAUGCAGAUGCACGGGGAGCAGCAUGGGUUCUUGGGGAUGUUGAGCAGCAUAGACUGUAUGCAUUGGGAGUGGAAGAACUGUCCCGCCGCCUGGAAAGGGUUCUACAUGACCAACUACAAGGGAAAGAACCCCACGAUGAUCCUCGAGGCCGUAGCUAAUUAUCGAUUGUGGAUUUGA